AGAGAUGAGUGAUAGUAGUACUACUUUACAAGAAAAAGAAACUUCGGAGAAUAUUGAAGAUAAUUCUGCCGCAGUUUCUGUUAAAGAGAAAGGAGUGAAGAGGAAGAACGAAGGCGACUCAGAUAUUUUAAAUUUCAAUCCAGAUUAUUCUAAACGAUUAUGUGUUGAAGUUUCAUCUCUUGCUUUUGACAAUGAGGUUGAAAUAAGAACAAGUGAUGAAGUCGAGUCACCAACUUGUCCAAAGCAGCAGGCAAAGCUACCAUCUCCAACAAAACAACAGGCAAAUCCAUUGUCUCCAACAAAACAACAGACAAAUCCAUUGUCUCCUACAAAGCAACAGACAAAACCAACAUCUUCAACAAAGCAGCAGACAAAGUCUCCAUCUCCAACAGAACAGCAUGCAAAGCCAAUGUCCCCAACAAAACAAUCAAUAAAGUUACCUACAAUAGAACAGCAAGCACCACCACCACAAUCCAAAGAGCAGCCAUACAAUUUUCGUUCAUGUAAAACUACUGAAAAUAAGAAUUUUGCUUCAUUAGAUCCUCAGGAUCAUAAUGCCACUGAGAAUCAACCACAUGUUCUUCGAUCUCAUAAAGUCUUAGAAAAAGAAAAAUCUGCAAUAGACUGUAUGUCACAUGAGCCUCAAAGCAAGAAAAAUCAUAACGUCACAGCGAAUCAACCACAUAUUCUUCGAUCUCAUAAAAUCUUAGAAAAGGAAAAAUCUGCAAUACACUGCAUGUCACCCGUACCUCAAAGCCAGAAAAGUAAUUUUAAAUAUUUUUUUUAUUUUAUUCUUAAAAAUCAAAAUAUAUAGGUAAGUAUUUUAUUCUUAAAAACGAAAUCAUACACAGAGAUAUUCUACAGUAGAUUAUAUAAAGUGAUAGAAGAAUUAUAAACUAAAUUCUGCCAAUACCUUAAAUGUCACGCCACUGGAUAAACAGAAAAAAGUAGCAUUUUAAAUGUAUGUUUGAAUUAUUUAUAUAUCUCGGUUGACAAAAUCAUU